GCCUAUCUAACAAUGGUGGCUGUGAACAAGUUUGUACUAAUACAAAUGGAAGUUUCUACUGCUCUUGUAUUCCCGGUUAUGAGCUUGAAGGAAGCAUUUUUUGCUCAGAAAUUGAUGAAUGUGAACAAGGCACUGAUAGCUGCACUCAGCAAUGUACCAAUACUGAUGGCAGUUACUACUGCAGUUGUAAUAUUGGCUAUAAUCUUGGCAGUGAUAAUUAUACUUGUAUAGAUGAUGAUGAAUGCUCUCACAGUGUAUUUCCAUGUGAUCACUACUGUAUGAACAAUGAAGGAUCAUUUGACUGUGGGUGUAUGGCUGGGUAUACUUUAAGCACCAAUAAAAUAUCAUGUCAUGAUAUUAAUGAAUGUGACAUGGGAAAUUCUACAUGCUUUCAUACUUGUAUUAAUACUGCUGGCAGUUACUACUGUGAAUGUAAUUCAGGCUACUACUUAAGUCGUAAUGAUGAUUACACCUGCUUUGAUAUUGAUGAGUGCUUUUUUCGACUUCAUAACUGUGAUCAAAUUUGUAUCAAUACUCCUGGCUCAUUCAAUUGCUCAUGUAACUCUGGCUAUUUUCUAAAAUCUAAUGGAGUUACAUGCCAAGAUAUUAAUGAAUGCCAUGACAAUAAUGGAGGGUGCUCUGAAACAUGCAGAAAUACUCUUGGAAGUCAUUAUUGUGAAUGUUCUGAAGGAUAUCAGUUGGUUGAUACAAAAAACUGUGAAGAUAUAAAUGAAUGUUAUUAUAACAAUGGAGACUGUAACCAAAACUGUACUAACACUAUUGGAAGCUAUCAGUGCUCUUGCUUUGCUGGCUAUUCCCUUUAUAACAACACAUAUUGCAUAGAUUACAAUGAAUGCUUACAAGUGGACAUAUGUAGUAGUAGAUCUCACACUGAUUGUCGCAAUACUGAAGGUAGUUUUGUUUGUACAUGUCAAACAGGAUACAACUUGACUGGUGAUAAUACUUGUGAAGAUGUCAAUGAGUGCCUAAUCGAAAACAAAUGUGCAUCUGAUCAAUACUGUGAAAACAAUGAAGGCAGCUUCAAAUGUUUAUGUUAUUCUGGAUAUCAGUUGAGCAGUAAUGAUUAUAACUGUACUGAUAUUAAUGAAUGUUCUCAGUAUAAUGGAGGGUGCCAGCAUAAUUGCAUCAAUGACAUUGGUUCGUAUCAUUGCACUUGCAAUGAUGGCUUCACUUUAUCUGAUGACAAUUUUAAUUGUGAAGCAAAGCCUGGCUUAGCAAAUGCAAGUACAAGCUCUUUAGUAUCUCAAACAAGUGAAAAUGCAAUUAUAACUGUCACUGUAUCUCAAAACAUAACUUACACUGAAGCUUGUCCUAAUAAUAUAGUGUAUGCAACAAUACCAAUCACUAUUGUUGUUAUUGGAGUUACAGUUAUAGCCUUACCUACAAUCAUUCUGGUAAUGUUUGUCCUAAUCUCAAAGCGUAAAAAAGCACAGGAGUCAACAGAUUAUGAUAUCAUGAGGAAGGAUGUUGAUAAUCCUUUGUAUGAUCUUGGGAUGCACUCAUCAACUUUGUUUUAAAGGAAAAAAUAGUAAUUUGGAUGUAUAAUAAAUAAGAUUACAUCAAAAGCUAAAUAGCCACAAUCGGCAUGCUGCUAUUUUAUAUGCAUUACAUUACUAUUGCUCUAAAGCUGACUUUUUAUCAUUGCUUAACUUUUUGGAUUGACGUACACUAGUAAUAUUUUCAUGCCAAAAAAUAGUAAUAAAAUUUUAAAAUUGAAAAAAGGGUUUGAAUUAAUUGUAUUAGGACAACUGACUGCAUGAGACAAAUCUAAUAGUAGUAUGAAAAUGGCAAUCACACUUGGUUCACAGAGGACUUGGCAGAGAAAAAGUAAAAAAAGAAGGUUGAAAGGAAAAGUGUACCUUUACUGGAAUCUUCAGCCGACUAACUUGGCGGCAUA